CGAACAUAUUCCAUUUCAUCAUGCUACAAGGUACUCCACGUCGAAAGUCGCGGAUAGGUCCUGGUCUAUUCUUCAGGCGCUCUAUAGGGCCGAAUGGAGGAGGAGGAAUAACACCAACUGAGACAAAUAAUCUACUCCGUAAUUCUCUACGGCACGAUCAUUCUUCACAGGACACACUACUGUUCCGACGCUCCCAGCAUCAGUAUCAACAAGAAUUGCUGUCUACAUCAGCAGGAGCAGGAACAGGAGAAGGAACUACCUCCUUGCUCCAUUCGGAACCUAAUGUCCUUCAGCAUCAAUCUCAUCAGUCAAAUACUACAUUGACUCAGUCGCGAUCCAUUUCUGAAGUCCUGGAGAACCCGAUAGAUCAGCUCUGUACAGCCGUGGAUCAACUUGUAGAGAAGAUGGAAGUUGUCGCAGACAUCCAUGCAGGUCUAGCCAACUUUAACGAGACUUUUGGAGCAUUUCUAUAUGGUCUCAAGAUAAAUGCGGGAAAUGUGAAGUGGACGGAGGCUCCUACGAAACAAUCGUUUGAGCGAAUGGAGCAACGUGAAGCAGAAGCUAUUAUGCUUCAGCAGCAGCAAGAAGAGCUGGAACGAAUUAGGACACAACAACUUUUAGAGCAAGAGCAGGAACGAGAACGUCAGCGAAUAGAAGCUGAGCGACAGGAGGCUGAGCGGAUAAAGGCAUCGCUUCCAAGCCUUCAUAACGGACGCAAUAGGGCUAUCCAAAAAAUGAAUGAACAGGACUUGAAUCGACAAAGGCGGCCUGUGACAAACGGUCGAGCAACUGCCCCAGCAUCCCGGAUUCCAGCAAGACCAAAAGCAACGACUCCCGGUGCAUCCAGGGUGGGGAAUGGAGGCGCGAUCCGGAAGCUUGCCGGGAAAGUAAACAUGAAACGUAUGAUCGAACGAUUGCCCCUUCGGUAUCGCAAUGAGCCUCAUCGCGGAUUCAUUGAAACCAUCAUGCGUUCAUUGUCAGAGCAUAUAGAGGGUCAGACCCUACCGGAACUGGUGGCCUUGACGAACUUGGUACGACAUCGAUGCAAUGAGUAUUUAGGUGUGUUAAUCCACGCCAAGGAGGUUGUCAGGAAUAACCAAAAGGGCGUCGUGUUUUCGUUAAAUCCGGAUCGGUAUCCAAGCCGAUAAACUAAUCAGACAUUCAGUAAGGGUUUAUCCUGUUUCAACUGGGACACGUACCACAUUCCAUUAUGUAUUUUAAUCACAUCAUACGAACUCAUUGUUCAUGUAUACUAUGUUCAGUUAUUUUAAUUACUUGCUAUUGUAUUUUUAUUGGAUGUAUCUUGUAAUAAAAAACUCCUGGAAUCAAAGGGAUGAGCGCAGACAUCUGAAAUACGACC